UUGUAAACAGAGUACACGUUGGGAGUGUUACACAUUGUGCAGAUCAAAAUACACGUGAAAACGCAGGUAAAAUUGACGAAUUUAUAACGAAAAGCUCACACAUCAUCCCAUGGAUAUGAUGGAGUUUCAGGAGAUGACUGUCAUCCCCGAAAAUCCCGUAAACGAGGGUCCUCAUAGAAAGGAGUCUGGGAAAAGGGGACGAAAACCAGGGAGAAAAUCCAGUGAGAAGGUUGAUAUGAAGGCUAAACUGGAGCGCAGUAGACAAAGUGCUCGAGAAUGUAGAGCUAGGAAAAAGUUAAGGUAUCAAUAUUUAGAAGAAUUGGUAGCUGACAGAGAAAAGGCUGUGCUUGCUUUAAGAAAAGAAUUAGACAAAUACCAGAGCUGGGCUAAAGAAAUAGACGCUGGUCAUAUCCCAGAAGGAAUGCAAGAAGAAAUUCUGGACGACUUGGGCAAUCUAAAACAAGAUUCUUAAAAAGAGAACCACAAUUUCAACCUCUUCUAUUAAAAUAUUUUUUAUUGUUAAAAAAGUAUUAAUUAUUUUAUUUUAUUCUUAUUGGGUACAGUUUAAAGUAUAUAUUUUUGUUAAAAUUAACUAUAAAAUAAAUGUUUUUAAAAGAUGACAAUUACUAAUAUUUUCUGCUCCAUAUUGGAUUUUAGUCGAAAAUUGGAUUAUUUGAAUAUAUCCUUAAUUGUAUAAAUCUUAUGUUAUUUCUAUCUCAUUUACAGAAAUUAAUUCAAAUAAAUCAGUUUGAAAAGAUU